AUACGAAAAUCAGAGUUAGAAUUAAAAUAGAUAGAUAAUAAUGUCAUCCCAUCCUUUGCUCGAUAUAUAAAUAAAUAGAAUUUUCUCCUGAUUCCAUUGUCUCUGAGAUAAUCAGAGUGAAAAAAAGAAAAACAAAAGAAGGGUAGAUCGACCGCUGCCUGCUGCUCAAUCUCAAAACCUUCUUCUUUGAAUUCUCUUAAAGAAACAAAAAAGAAGAAGAAUAAAAUUGCACAGAUAGAAGGUUGGGAGAGAGAGAGAGAGAGAGAGAGAGAGAAAGAAGAAAGGCUUUUAGUUUUAGAACCUCUCUUCUUCCUUCUUCAUCUUCAUAGUUUUUUUAUUUUUUUCUUCAUCUCCUUCUAUAUUUUUUCUGUGGUUUAAAUGACGAAUCAAGUAAUGGAGGAAGAGAAGAAACCAAAAGUAUCAGAUGUGGGUGCAUGGGGAAUGAACGUAGUUAGUUCUGUUGGAAUUAUAAUGGCUAAUAAACAGCUUAUGUCUGCUCAUGGUUACGCCUUUAACUUCGCAACAACUUUAACCGGAUUUCACUUCGGUGUGACCGCGCUAGUGGGUAUGGUUUCUAAAUCUACUGGUUUAUCUGCAUCAAAGCAUGUACCUUUGUGGGAGCUCCUUUGGUUCUCGAUUGUUGCGAAUAUGUCAAUCACAGGGAUGAAUUUGAGUCUUAUGUUAAACUCUGUUGGAUUUUACCAGAUUUCGAAGCUGAGUAUGAUUCCAGUUGUUUGUAUUUUGGAGUGGCUCAUUCACGGUAAACAAUACUCGAGGGAGGUGAAGAUGGCAGUGCUUGUAGUAGUAUUAGGUGUUGGUGUCUGUACCGUAACAGAUGUUAAAGUUAACGGUAAAGGAUUCAUCUGCUCUUGUGUAGCUGUCAUGGCUACAUCAUUUCAGCAAAUUUCAAUUGGAUCACUACAGAAGAAAUACUCAAUCGGCUCUUUCGAAUUACUGAGCAAAACAGCUCCUAUUCAAGCCAUCUCUCUUCUUAUUUUUGGUCCAUUUAUUGAUUACUACCUCAAUGGUCAAUUCAUAUUGAACUAUAAGCUGUCACCUGGUGUAAUUUUCUUCAUACUACUCUCAUGUUCCUUGGCGGUAUUCUGCAACAUAAGCCAGUAUCUGUGCAUUGGACGUUUCUCAGCUACAUCCUUUCAGGUGUUAGGGCACAUGAAGACUGUUGCUGUCUUAACAUUGGGGUGGAUCUUGUUCGAUUCAGCUUUAACUCUAAAGAAUUUACUUGGAAUGGCUGUUGCAAUUCUGGGUAUGGUAAUUUAUAGUUGGGCAGUGGAGAUGGAUAAACAAGCAGCUAGUGCGAAAUCUGUAUCUCUGUCUCAUGCAAAAAACAGUUUGACAGAAGAGGAGAUUAGACUUUUAAAGGAUGGAGUGGAAAAUGCUCCAUUGAAAGAUCUUGAACUUGGUGUCACCAAAGGCUAAAAAUUCUGUGUUCAUUGUGGCAGAAGAUAAAAUAUCUGCUUUGUGCUCUCAUAGACGCCAUAUUUCUACCUGUGCGUUCUGCUUUCGUUCGUGGUGCAGAAAUAUCGCGAAGUAUUUGAUUCGGGUACCGAUUGUCAUUAUCCACCAACUUCAUACCUCCACAUUAGGAUGUAAUUUUUCUUUUUCUUUUUUGAUAUUUAAACUUUCUCCAGAAAUUCUUUCUUUGUUUUGUUUGGUUCAGAUAAGGUCAGAUAGUGAACCUAUAAAGUCAAGAUGGAUGGAGAAAUGUAAAAUGAAUAUAAGGGUUUUAAUUUAUUUUUCUUCAGGACAUUUUCAAUUUCA